GCUGCCGCCGGCCUCACUCGCCUCGUGCCAGCCGCCCCGACCGCACCAGCCCAGCCAUGACGGAGAGCACGGACACCCCCGCGGCCGCCGCGCCCGAGAAGACCCCGACCGAGAACGGCACCACCGAGACCCCGCCCGAGGAGACCCCCGAGAAGGCCACCGAGGAGAAGGAGACUCCCCCGCCCAAGGAGAUGCGCGCCGUCGUCCUCACCGGCUUCGGCGGACUCAAGACCGUGAAGAUCCUGAAGAAACCCGAGCCCACCGUUGGGGAAGGCGAGGUCCUCAUCCGAGUCAAAGCCUGCGGCCUGAACUUCCAAGACCUGAUCGUGAGGCAGGGCGCCAUCGACUCGCCGCCCAAGACCCCGUUCAUCCUCGGCUUCGAAUGCGCCGGCGAGAUCGAGCAGGUCGGCGAGGGCGUCACCAACUUCAAGGUUGGCGACCAAGUCGUGGCCCUGCCCGAGUACAAGGCGUGGGCUGAGCUGGUCUCCGUGCCGGCUCAGUACGUGUAUGCUCUGCCUUCUGGCAUGAGCGCCUUGGACGCUGUAGCCGUGACCACCAACUACGUGGUGGCCUACCUGCUGCUGUUCGAGAUGGCCAACCUUACUCCCGGCAAGAGCCUACUGGUGCACUCUGCCGGAGGUGGCGUGGGCCAAGCCGUGGCGCAGUUGGCGAAGACCGUGGACAACGUGACGGUGUUCGGGGUCUGCUCCAAGAGCAAGCAUGAAGCCCUGAAGGCCAACAAUAACAACAUCGACCAUCUCCUCGAGAGGGGCAGCGACUACACCAGCGAAGUUCGGAAGGUGUCCGCUGAUGGCGUUGAUAUCGUGCUGGACUGCCUCUGCGGCGAGGAGUGCAACCGUGGGUACUCGCUUCUCAAACCCAUGGGCCGGUACAUCUUGUACGGAUCAUCUAACAUCGUGACCGGCGAGACGAAGAGUUUCUUCAGCGCCGCGCGUGCGUGGUGGCAAGUGGACAAGGUGUCUCCCAUCAAGCUGUUCGACGAGAACAAGAGCCUGGCUGGCUUGAACUUACGGCACCUGCUGUUCCAACAUGGCCGUGCUGAUUACGUGCGCCGCGCCGUCGACGCCGUGUUCGCGCUGUGGGCUGAGGGCAAGGUCAAGCCGCUGGUCGACUCCACCUGGGCGCUGGAAGACGUUGGUGAAGCAAUGCAAAAGAUGCACGACCGCAAGAACAUCGGCAAGUUGGUCCUCGACCCGUCCCUGGAGCCCAAGCCGAAGCCCGCCACCCCCGCCAAGGGCAAGGCCGGCAAGGACAAGAAGCCCGCCAAGGAGAGCUCCGAGGAGAAGAAGGACAAGGAAACCAAGGAAGAAGAGAAGAAGCCCGCCGAAAAUGGUGAGAAGAACGGUGAAGAACCGCUCACUAACGGUAACAGCGACGAAGAGUCGAAAGAGAAGGAGAAGGAGUCUAGCUGAAUUGCGUCCGCCGAGGACUGAACAGACAAACCACCGCCAAUUGAUUAUAUUUUAGAGAGAAGCUGCUGUUUACCGAGAGGUGCCGCGGCCGCGCCGCGCAUCCGCCGCAUUACGUUUCGUUACUCGGAAUACGACGUCGUUCGAUCUCAUCUCACCCACGACACCCACCCGGCUGCUACGAUCGAACCAUGUCGUAGCCAUCUUAGUUUAGUCCUUAGUUUAUCACAUUGAUUUUUUUUUCGUGAAAAAAUAAAUUAUGGUAACCACAUUCGAUUUUCGACAGCGAAAUUAACAAUGAAUUUUAUAAUUUUAAAACAGUUUUAUUUUGUACGUUUGGCCUAAGUUAGGUAUCGUUUCUGAAAUUACGAGUCUUUUAUUAUAGUUUAACGUUUAAGACUUUAUUUUUAAGAUGAGAUAUUUUAAUCUGCAGUUAUUUUGAAUGGCUAUUAUAUAUCUAAGAUGCAGAGAUGCUUAAUCUUUAUGUAUGUUAAGCUUUAAUAUUUUAUUAGUAAAUGUUUAAAAUUUGGCCCCACGAGACCACACCCGCCCCGGGCCCGCGCCCCUCGAUCGGAUCCUUGCGUGUGAUAUUUUGUGGUAGGUAUGCUAGAUGUUUUGCGGUAGGUAUUUUUAUGCUGCCUUUACAUGACAUAUUAUUUUUAAUUUGAGCCUAAAAUAUAUGAUUGUUUUAUAUUUUUUAUACUUAGAGAUUUUGUAAAUUAUUUUCUAGUUAAGAAGAGUUCACGGAAUUUAUUUAAACGCACCGAAAGAUCGUCCGUCUAGGCUCAAAGUCGGCCGGGGUCGCCUCCGGCUGGGCGACUGUAGAACACUAUCGACGAGUAUUUUGUGGCUACCUAUAAGGUCUUGUAACUCAUGUAAUCGAAUCAUCUAUGGAUAUUUCUAAUAUUUUUGUAUUACCAAACGAUGUAACGAGGUCUCGUAUAAAGCUUUUUUUAUGUAUCUUUACACAAAUAUCACAUAUCUAAUCGACGUACACUUUCACACAACUUAUAAUUAGGAAUAAUAUUUUGAUACCAAUAUUCACUGCAUUUCUUUUGAUAUACCUAGUAUAUAUUUACCUACUCUUAAUUUUCGUAAGGUUGUAAGUAACUUUUACCGCCAUAUAUGUACAGUAUGGUUAUAGGUAUAUGUACCCAGUACUUUAACGUUUUAUCUGUGUAACACAUAUCAUGCGGAUGUAAAAUGUAACUCUGAGAGGCUGAAUGUAGUCCGGAUCUCCGGAGUAAACUCCACUUCCCCCAACACUGCUCAACCACUCUGUGCUGACGCAAUUAUGCUCUAUCUGAAUGGCUGACUCGGUUAACUCUUUAGAAUUUUUAUAAAAAUUUUACCCUUUUUGAACAAUUUUGCGAGAGCAUAGUUAGCGUGAGUGCACUGUCCAGCGUCCGUAUGGCUUGCUUGCGCCGGCCGCGCGCGCGGCGUUCCGUUGCAUGGCCGCCCCCGCCUGUCAGCACUGUCAGUCAGGACUCAGGAGGCGGCCGCGGCUUUGUUCGUACAGUGGCUUGGUGCUAGUUUCGUAUUGUGCGCGGAUACAACUCGCUUCAGUGUCUCGGACCAAUAUCUUAAAGCUAUUUUAGUCUCCUUAUCGGUAAUCCUUCGCUUUGUGUGUCAAAUAUGUGCGAAUUUCUUGUAAUGUAAACAUAUAUUAUUGAAUCAUGUGUAUAUCGACCUGUAUAAUGGUUUAGAAUUAUCUCUGAAUUUUCUUCUAUAAGGAUAUUUGAUGGAAUUCAAUAGUGAUUGAGAGCUGGGGUGACCGCGCCGUUGGUGAUUGUGUCCAAAUUGUUGUAGGUUAGUAUCGAAUGAUGCCAAUAUUAAAAUAUCUAGGAAAGAGGGUUAACUCGCGCCGUCACGCCAGCCAGCUCCACAGACUGGGUCGUUAUUGUAUUAACACAUUUAUUUUUAUAAGGGCGGGCCAGUGUGAUAUCUAUACUAUGAAAUGGAUAAAUAAAUAUGUAUGAUCUGUAAAAAUGCUUAA